CACGAAAUUUGAAGGUGAAAAAUGCUGGCAUAUCUUUAGAGCGCUCUAAUCCAAACAAAACCACUUUUCAUUUCAUAUUAGUAGCAUUUAACACAAUCAAAUUAUUUUUUCUCUCUUGCAUUAACUCUCUUUCAUUCUUCACCAUCUUCUUUUCAACACUCUCAGUUGAAGCUUUUGAAGAAGCUCUUUGGUUUUAGCUUCUGGAUUCGUUCAGAUCAGCAGAAUUUGAUUGAAACUGAAUUCAUAUUCGGAAGAGGAGAUAGAAGGAAAACUGAAAGUAUAUUUAAGCUCUUCACUUCCUGGAAUCUACAUGGUGAACAGAUUAUAUUUGACUUGAUAUUACUAAGAAAUUGGUACCAGUGGAGAAGAUGGUGAAACAUCACUUGAGAGAAUCUAUAAAAUCGCUGAUUGGAAGUCAUGUUGAUCCUGAUAAAGAAGAGCAGCUCCGAGGAGCUAAAACAGAAUUUGAAGACAAAGUGAAAAAGCUAUUGAAACUUAUUAAAGAUGACGACAACCUUGAAGAGGAUGGUACCCCAGCAGAAAAUUUGAAGAGGGGACAACUUGCUGAACUGAUUGAGGAUUUCCACGGUCAAUACCAAUCGCUUUAUACACAGUAUGAUCAUCUGACAGGCGAGUUAAAGAAAAGGAUCAAGGGAAAGCGAGAAAAGGGAAGUUCUUCAUCUAGCUCUUCAUCUAGCUCUGGCUCGGAUUCGGAUUAUUCUUCAAAGGACAGAGACAGCAAAAAUGGACAACUGCAAAAUGAAUUUCAAAAGAUAAAUGAUGGAUUGAAGCAAGAACUUGAAGUGGCGCACAAGGAAGUCGCUGAAUUAAAUCAGAAGUUGACAAUUACUCAUGAAGAGAAGGAGGAACUAAAUUCAAAACACCUCGCAACACUGAACAAGUUACAAGAAGCAGAGAAAAUUAAUUUGGACUUGAAAACUGAUGCCGAUGCAUUAGAGAUUCAAAGAUCAAGCCUCUUGGCUGAGAAUACUGAACUAAAUAAGCAAUUGGACAGUGCUGGAAAAGUAGAAGCCGAACUGAGUCAAAGAUUGGAGGAUAUGAAGGCAGAAAACAAUAGCUUGGCCAAGGAGAAAGAGACAGCUCUCCAACAGAUUGACGAGGAAAAGAAGAUUACAGAUGACCUGAGAAACCUCAUUGAUCAGCUGAAAGAUGAUAAGUUGGUGGCUGCGAAAGAAUUACAAACAGUAACAGAUGAACUUUCUAUUCUGAAGCAAGAAUUGAAACACUCAGAACAGCAAAUAACAGCUCUAAGCAACAAUCUGGAGGUCUCAAAAGAAGAAAAUGAAUCAUUAAAAGCGGAACUUUCACAGGCUUCAAAUGAGGUUCAGCUAUCUCAAAGCAGAAUACAAGAAUUUCUAGCUGAAUCAAGUCAGUUAAAGGAGAAACUUGAUGUGAGAGAAAGAGAAGUUUCAACCCUCACUCAAAUGCAUGAAGGGCAUCAGAAUGAAUCCUCAAAUCAAAUCACGGAACUACAAGCACAAAUCUCAAAUCUGAGGCUGGAGCUAGAGUCACUCAGAAACCAGAAAAGAGACAUAGAGGAUCAAUUUCUAGUUGAAUCGAGUCAGUUAAAGGAGAAACUUGAUGAGAGAGAAAGAGAAGUUUCAACCCUCACUCAAAUGCAUGAAGGGCAUCAAAAUAAGUCUUCAAAUCAAAUCAAGGAACUAGACGCACAAAUCUCGAAUCUGGGGCUGGAACUAGAGUCACUGCGAAAACAGAAAAGAGAUAUAGAGGACCAAUUUCUAGCUGAAUCAAGUCAGUUAAAGGAGAAACUUGAUGAGAGAGAAAGAGAAGUUUCAACCCUCACUCAAAUGCAUGAAGGGCAUCAGAAUGAUUCCUCAAAUCAAAUCAAAGAACUAGAAGCACAAAUCUCAAAUCUGGGGCUGGAACUAGAGUCACUGCGAAACCAGAAAAGAGACAUAGAGGAUCAAUUUCUAGCUGAAUCAACUCAGUUAAAGGAGAAACUUGAUGAGAGAGAAAGAGAAGUUUCAACCCUCACUCAAAUGCAUGAAGGACAACAAAAUGAGUCCUCAAAUCAAAUCAAGGAACUAGAAGCACAAAUCUCGAAUCUGGGCCUGGAACUAGAGUCACUGGGAAACCAGAAAAGAGAUAUAGAGGAUCAAUUUCUAGCUGAAUCAAGUCAGUUAAAGGAGAAACUUGAUGAGAGAGAAAGAGAAGUUUCAACCCUCACUCAAAUGCAUGAAGGGCAUCGGAAUGAGUCCUCGAAUCAAAUCAAGGAACUAGAAGCACAAAUCUCAAAUCUGGGGCUGGAACUAGAGUCACUGCGAAACCAGAAAAGAGACAUAGAGGAUCAAUUUCUAGCUGAAUCGAGUCAGUUAAAGGAGAAACUUGAUGACAGAGAAAGAGAAGUUUCAACCCUCACUCAAAUGCAUGAAGGGCAUCAAAAUGAGUCCUCAAAUCAAAUCAAGGAACUAGAAGCACAAGUCUCAAAUCUGGGGCUGGAACUAGAGUCACUGCGAAAUCAGAAAGGAGAUAUAGAGGAGCAACUUAAGAGCUUUACCACAGAAGCAAGGGAACUGGGAGAACACAAUUUAAGGUUGCAAAACCAAAUUUUGGAACUUGAAACGAAGUCCAAAGAAAGAGAAGAGGAACUAUCCACUAUCAUGAAGAAACUCAAAGAUAAUGAGAAUGAAUCAUCUUCCAAAGUAUCAGAUUUGACAUCUCAGAUAACCAAUUUGCAGGCUGAUAUAAGCUCAUUACAUGCUCAGAAAAAUGAACAGGAAGAGAAAAUAAUUUUUAGAAGUAAUGAAGCGUCAACUCGAAUUGAAAGCCUAACAAAUGAGAUGAAGGUAUUGCAGCAGGAAGUGGAGUCUCUGCAACACCAGAAAUCUGACUUAGAAGUUCAGCUCGAGGAAAAAAGCAGAGAAAAUUCCGAGUGUAUGAUUCAAGUUCAAAGUCUGAAAGAGGAGGUUGACAGAAAAACUCUGGAACAAGAGAGACUUAUGGAAGAUAGAGAAAAUUUAACCACAGAAGCGAAAGAACUGGGAGACCACAAUUUAGGAUUGCAAAACCAAAUUUCAGAACUUGAAAUGAAGUCCAUAGAAAGAGAAGAGGAACUAUCUGCAAUAAUGAAGAAACUCAAAGAUAAUGAGGAUGAAUCAUCUUCCAAAAUAUCAGAUUUGACAUCUCAGAUAAACAAUUUGCAGGCUGAUAUAAGCUCAUUACAUGCUCAGAAAAAUGAACUGGAAGAGCAAAUGGUUUUUAGAAGUAAUGAAGCGUCAACUCGAAUCGAAAGCAUAACAAUUGAGAUGAAUGUAUUGCAGCAGGAAGUGGAGUCUCUACAACACCAGAAAUCUGACCUGGAAGUUCAGCUUGAGGAAAAAAGUCGAGAACAUUCCGAAUGCUUGAUUGAAGUUCAAAGUCUGAAAGAAGAGGAUGACAGAAAAACCCUGGAACAAGAGAGGCUAAUGGAAGAUAGAAAAAAUUUAACCACAGAAGCAAAAGAACUGAGAGAGCACAGUUUAGGGUUGCAAAACCAAAUUUCAGAACUUGAAACGAAGUUCAAAGAAAGAGAAGAGGAACUGUCUUCUAUAAUGAAGAAACUCAAAGAUAAUGAGGAUGAAUCAUCUUCCAAAAUAUUAGAUUUGACAUCUCAGAUAAACAAUUUGCGGGCUGAUAUAAGCUCAUUACUUGCUCAGAAAAAUGAGCUCGAAGAGCAAAUAGUUUUUAGAAGUAAUGAAGCGUCAACUCGAAUCGAAAGCAUAACAAAUGAGAUAAAUGUAUUGCAGAAGGAAGUGGAGUCUCUACAACACCAGAAAUCUGACUUGGAAGUUCAGCUUGUGGAAAAAAGCCGAGAAAACUCCGAGUGCUUGAUUCAAGUUCAAAGUCUGAAAGAAGAGGUCGACAGAAAAACCCUGGAACAAGAGAAACUUAUGGAACACAGAGAAAAUUUAACCACAGAAGCAAGGGAGCUGGGAGAGCAUCAUUUAGGGUUGCGAAACCAAUAUUCGGAACUUGAAUUAAGGUCCAAAGAACGAGAAGAGGAACUAUCUUCUAUCAUGAAGAAACUCAAAGAUAAUGAGGAUGAAUCAUCUUCCAAAGUAUCAGAUUUGACAUCUCAAAUAAACAAUUUUCUGGCUGAUAUAAGCUCAUUACAUGCUCAGAAAAAUGAACUGGAAAACGACUUGCUUUCGUCGCAGAAAACAAAAGAAGAAUUGGAGCUCUACUGCAAAAAAAUAAAAGUAGAACAUGCAGAAACCCUCACAGUGGUUGACAAUGAAAAGACCAAAUUAGCCAACCAAAAUAUGGAUCUUCAGAGAACAUUGGAAGAACGUGAAGAUGCAUAUGAGAAGUUGAAUGAGGAAUAUAAAAAAGUUGACAGUUGGUUUAAUGAAUGCAAGGUCAAACUUGAAGUUGCAGAGAGGAAGAUAGAAGAAAUGGCAGAAGAGUUUCGUGAAGGCAUUGGGUCAAAAGAUCAUCUAGUAGUUGAUUUGGAACACCAAGUUGAAGACCUGAAAAGAGACCUGGAAGAAAAAGGAGACGAGGUUAGCACUUUGCUUGAGAAUGUGAGGAAUCUUGAGGUAAAGCUUCGCAUGUCAAACCAAAAGCUCCGGGUCACAGAACAAUUGCAAAAUGAAAACGAAGAAAAGUUCAAGCAAAAACAGCGCGCACUUGAAGACAGGAUUGCUACAUUGGUAGCAACAAUCACAGCUAACAACGAAGCUUUUCAUGAAACUAUCACAACUAUUAAAGAGUCUGUCAACAGUAUGAUAUCUGGGAUAGAUACUGUGAGCAGAAAAUUUUCAGAUGAAAGCAAAAAUCACGAGAACAGCAUCUCAAACAUCUCACAUGAGCUUCAAGUUGCAAAAGAAUAUGUUUGUGAGAUGGAUAGAGUUAAAGGGAAGUUAGAGAAAGAUAAAAACCGUUUGUUGGAGGAGCUGAAGGGUAAAAAGGAAGAGGAAUUAUCUCUGAGGGAGAAGGUUGAAAAACUAGAGGCAAAGGCAAGAAAGUAUGAAUCAGAGAAUAUCAAUGUGAACGCAACUGUUAUUGAACUUAAGAAGACAGUUGAAGAGCUAGAGAAGUUGAUCAAAGAGAAAGAGGAAGGGUUGGGAGAGGAAAAGAGGGAUGCCAUUAGGCAGCUCUGUUUGUGGAUUGAUUAUCACAGGGAGCGUAAUGACUAUCUCAAGGAAAUCCUAUCAAAAACUCGCAGGGUCCAGAGAGCAGCAGCGUAGAUUCUUCUAUAUAUUUUUCUUUAAGCAACUUUGUCCAGUUAGGUAUUAUCCUGAUUUGACAUAUAAUUAGCUUAUUUUUUCCCUGUGAAUUGAUUCUUUUGUUUUACAAAUAUGAGUGUGUGUAUAAUUUGAUUUUCGUAUCAGGAGCAGUGUUAGUUCUGUUCUUCUCUUGAAUUUGAAUUGAAUAAAUGUAGUGAGGUCUUUUUGUUCUGUUCAGUGUAAAAAUUUGGAUUAACAAGUCCCACUAUCAAAUUUUCACAGUUCUUGGCC